GAACGCUCUGAGAAGGCCAAGACGCCCGAGACAUCCUCCAGAUCUGCCCGAUCUCAGAGAUUAUCGGUUGCUCCUCACCCGAACUUAUCCUGUUACGAUGUCGGGUCCAUUCAUCAAAAGAUGGAUCCAUUUACGAUCUGUUCUGGCUCCGUCUUACGAUGUCGAAGCCAUCUACUUAGCUCUUCCACUCUGCCGCGGGGGCCCGCCUCCCCGAAGCAGCGCGCAGCGGCUCGGAUGCGAGGGGCCGGGCGAGGGGGGGGGCCGCGGCGGCCCGCGGUGGCCGCGCUCGAGCUGCGGCGCCAGCCGCGCGUGGCAGCGCGGCCGCAGGAGGCGGCCAGCCAUGGGCGGGUCCGACACCCUGUGGCAGCUGCAGGGAAGCCUGAGGAAGAGCGGCCUGGCCCUCCCCGGAGGGCUGCUCUUCGUCGCCAGCGGCGUGGUGCUGUAUCAGCACAUUGCGCCGCAUAGUGAUUAUCCGAUGAGAAUUUGGUUAACACUUAUCUUGGCGACGAUGCUGCCCCUGGCGUAUAUUGACAUGGUGAUACCAGGUUGUGGUGACCCGCUUGGGUUAUUGCGCAAGUAUGGCGCGAAGACCUUGCUGAUGCACAUGGUCUUCCUCGUUCUGCGAUUACGCCUGCUUCUGCAUACCGAGAGGGACACCAUGUUAUUGAACGCGAUUAAUGUUGGAGGCCUGGUCUCUGUGACAUUGGCGUUGCAUUUCGGAUACAAUAUACUGUCCUGUCUGUCGGACCAUUACGAUGUGUUGUAUUACGUUGGUGCAGCUGUGGUGGUAGCUAUCAUUACCGAGGUGGUCGGUGCCAUAGUGGGCCAGGCCUUCGAGGUGGAUAACCUGAGGUCUGGCGUGAUCCCUGCCCAAGUUGAGCAGUUCAUCAUGGCGACCGGGAACUUUGUAGAGGCGCAUCUGGCGGGACGCGGGGCGAGAGCGAGCCUCUUCCGCUAAGAGCUCCGCGGGGCGCGCGCGGCUUCGAUUGACAGAGAGGGGGCAACGUUUCAACUCUCACACGUGUGCAGCGGCAUCCCGAGAACAGCUGUUUAUAGAGGCCGUGCAAGAGCUGAGCGAGGCCGAGCUGCACUGCCAGCUGUUUGGCCUGUUUCCUGCACUGGCGUUGAACGCGCCCAGUGCGCCACCGGGUGCGCGGGCGGCCCGCGG